GCAUCCAUAGAUGCUAUCCAGGUGGCGCAACGAGCGCAAGCAGCGAAACAAGCGCACGCACGCACAAACGCCACAAACGCUGGUUGAAACUCGGCAACAUGAAGAUGGCUGACAGUGCGGGUGUUCUUCGGCGGAAUCGACCGGGAACAAAAGCCGAGAGUUUCUCAAGCUGGCCGGAUGAGCCGUUCGACGAAAUGGACAGUACACUGGCUGUUCAACAGUUCAUUCAGCAAGCGAUCCGGAAGGACCCUGCGAAUGUCGAUGAAAUCUUGACGCCGCCCGAUGGCCAGGACGAAGGAGUGUGGAAGUACGAGCAUCUAAGGCAGUUCUGCAUGGAGUUAAAUGGUCUUGCAGUCAAGCUGCAGGUAUGUGAGGCUGAGUGCAAUGCAGACAGCUGCACCCAAAUGACUGCCACGGAACAGUGGAUAUUCCUUUGCGCUGCCCACAAGACGCCCAAGGAGUGUCCAGCCAUUGACUACACGCGGCACACCCUUGACGGAGCUGCAUGCCUCCUCAACAGCAACAAGUACUUUCCGAGCCGAGUUAGCAUCAAGGAUUCCUCGGUAGCAAAGCUAGGUUCUGUGUGUCGGAGAGUGUACCGGAUAUUCUCUCACGCAUACUACCAUCACAGAGCCACAUUUGAUGAGUUUGAGAAGCAGACUUGCCUCUGCCGCCGUUUUACCACGUUUGUGACCAAGUAUAGCCUGAUGUCGAAGGACAAUCUCAUCGUUCCAAUCCUUGACGAGGAACUCACCGCUGGAGAGAGUGAAGCCUGAGGCCGUCCUGUCAAAAACAAGUAGCGCAGAACACGCACUCUGAUCUUCCUGCUCAGCAGACAUUCGCUCCCAUUGGCCCGGACGCUGGCCGCCUGGUCUUUGUCCCUGUGCGUUUCUCCCGAUAGCAUUGUUUCAGCGGUCACUUCUGCAUGUUUCACUCUUUCGGCACGCCCUCGCCAACAUGGACUGAUAUUGAUCUCUGUCGCACCAGUGACGCGUGUUUGUGCUCUAGAAGUUGCUUUAGCUGUUUACAUCCAUCCACAGCACUGUGUACUAGCGUAGGCGUACCAUGGUUUCUGUGCAGUGGCAGAAGUGACUGCUUGAGCGGAUUGUGUUGCGUGGAAAAAUAGUUAUCGUCUGGCAGCCUGCACAAAGACGAGAGACAAUUCUGGGAAAGCUGUGCUGUAUAUGUGCAAACACACCCUCUUUCUCUGUUCCCCUCUCCCUUGACUUUCUACUGUUGCUUCUUGAGUGUGGAAAUGCCCAUUUAAUGAUGUGGCAAGCACGUAAAAAAAAAUGUCUACAUAUGUGAGUAUUUAGCUUUAUUAUUUAUUUUCUCCCUACGUGUGCCUGUAAAGAAAUCCAGUAGUGCCAGUGAGACGGUUCUUGUGGUCAGGCAGAGACUGGUUCAUACUGUUAAAUACCUCGAAAAUGCUGCCCCGUCUGCUCUCCCGAUCAUCAAUAUCAUUUCUCAUAUGCGAAAACCAUGAUCUGCCGUUGCAGUUGGAUUAUGUAGUUACGGGAUACCAGACUAACAACACAUGGGCUUGCGGAUAUAGCCUUUUAGUAGCCAGCUGUAAAAAGAAGACGUGUUGUUUUUUGAAAUACGAAUCCCAAGUGUUAAGUCUGCUGUUUUGGAUCUAUGCACAUGUCUGUCUUGUAAGCUCAUUUUGCACGUGCUUGUGUCUUUCGCGCAGCAAUGGCCAUCUGUGUUAGAUAUGCAUAUCAUAAUUGAGAAGGUGGUAUCUAACAGCUCCGCAGUUUCCUGUCUGUAUUUAGUUGCUUUGAUUUUGAAUACAGUUUACCCUAGCCUAGUCCUUGAAGUAGUGCACAAUUUUUUCAUUUCCUGACUUGAAGCACAUUAGCCAAUUCCAUUGGUUACCAUCCGUUGUGCUAAAGGAUAGUACUUAUCACUGACAUAUGUGGCACAAUAAAAUCGUGCUCGAGGUGUG